CGCUCAUCAUCAAGUUACACCCUUCUACAUCUCUACACCAGAUGGAGUCAAGCUACACACAUGGCAUGUACUCCCUUUAGCGACAUAUGAGUCGCACCAGGAAGAGUUGUUGGCUCAAGGGUCAGAUGGUGGAUUGGUUGAGAAAUUCGAAGAUACCUUAAACUUCCGUCUAUUGAAGGAGAACCCAAAUGCUCGCUUGGUUCUUUACUUCCAUGGCACCAGCGGGACUAUGGCAAGUGGUUGGCGCCCUGAUAGCUACCGCUCCCUCUACUCAGCCGACCCUGUCAACACCCACGUUUUGACAUUUGACUACCGCGGAUAUGGAGAGUCCACUGGUUCACCGAGUGAAGAUGGAAUCAUCACAGACGCGGUUACUGUUGCCAACUGGGCUGUUCAUACUGCAGGCAUCCCUCCUGAGCACAUUGUUAUCUUCGGCCAAAGUCUGGGCUCAGCAGUAGCCAUUGCUCUCGUCAAUGAGCUCGCUCACAGGGAACCCUCCGUUCAUUUUGCUGGACUGGUUGUUACAGCAACGUUUGCAGACAUCCCCCAAUUGACGGCCACGUAUCGCAUCGGUGGCUUCAUCCCAGUGCUUUCACCAGUAGCAAAGGUGAAACCGCUAUUCGCAUUCUUCGCCCGACAGCUUUCCGGUACUUGGGACAACAUGUACAGGCUGGGGGAGUUUGUCAAGGGUGCUGAAAGGUACGACAUCACCCUUCUGCAUGCCGAAGAUGACACAGAUAUCCCCAUGGACCAUUCCAUCAAGCUCUAUAGAGAAGCUAUCCGUGUCGCAGAGGGUGCCAAAGACUUGUCCGAGAAUGAGGGCGCGCUCCUCAGCAGGAUAAGCAGCGUCGAGAAAGGCCGCGGAGAAGGGGGUUCAAUUACCGUCUGGCCUACCAGAAAGGGCAAUAUUAGACUCGAGAUUUUGAAGUAUGGAGUUCAUGACAAGAUCAUGGCUUAUCCUGCGACUGGACUUGCCAUCAGCCGGGCAUUCGCUUCCAUCAAGAAAUAGAUGCGCAUAGAAUAUACAGAACAUAGACACGUUUUGUCUCCGAUUCAACAUGAUCGACUUCACCAUCGAAAGCGAUCUGCUUUCAGCCCUGCGUCCCCAUCUUUUGUCUCAACUGAAGAACCACCUCGACUUGACACUGUAUCACCUAACAACACUGCGGCCGUACAGAACUUGCAGUGACAAUUCUGCAGAUACCAAACCAGGGACAUAUAGCGAGCAGCCCAAGACUGCUAUUUGAGGUGUACCUCGGUUAUCUCCAUGUCACUGUGGCAUGGGAGAGUGACUCUGCUUGCCAGACAUACGAGCUGUUGAGCUAUGACGGCCAUGGUUAUGUAGGGAUCCCGUCCGCUCUCCCAUAGUCAAGCCACUAACCGGCGGAUUAGUA